GCGGCGCAUGCGCGAAGUCUCCACGGUAAUCGGGGGCAGUUUCCUCCGCCGGCGUGGGGAGAUCCAGGGCUGCCAGAAUUCUUCUUCGCGUGAUCUCGCCCUCGUUUCCUUCUCGCCCGAGACGCCUCGCAGGUUCCCGAGCCCCUCCGGCCCCCGCAGUCCGCUUCUCGCCGCAGAGAGACUCUCAGGGCCAGCAUGAGCCUGUUUGGAACAACCUCGAGUUUUGGAACCAGUGGGACCAGCAUGUUCGGCAGCACGACCACUGAUAACCACAACCCUAUGAAGGACAUUGAAGUGACGUCCUCUCCUGACGACAGCAUCGGUUGUCUGUCCUUCAGCCCACCCACCUUGCCGGGGAACUUUCUCAUCGCAGGAUCGUGGGCUAACGACGUGCGCUGCUGGGAAGUUCAGGACAGCGGACAGACGAUCCCGAAAGCCCAGCAGAUGCACACGGGGCCCGUGCUGGCCGUCUGCUGGAGUGACGAUGGGAGCAAGGUGUUUACAGCUUCAUGUGAUAAAACUGCCAAAAUGUGGGACCUGAAUAGUAACCAGGCGAUUCAGAUCGCGCAGCACGACGCGCCCGUGAAGACCAUCCACUGGAUCAAAGCGCCGAACUACAGCUGUGUGAUGACCGGGAGCUGGGACAAGACCCUGAAGUUCUGGGACACGCGGUCCUCGAACCCCAUGAUGGUCCUGCAGCUCCCCGAGAGGUGCUACUGCGCCGACAUGAUCUACCCGAUGGCCGUGGUGGCCACCGCGGAGAGGGGCCUGAUCGUCUACCAGCUGGAGAACCAGCCCUCCGAGUUCAGGAGGAUAGAGUCCCCGCUGAAGCACCAGCACCGCUGUGUGGCCAUCUUCAAAGACAAGCAGAACAAGCCGACGGGGUUUGCCCUGGGAAGCAUCGAGGGCAGAGUGGCCAUUCACUACAUCAACCCCCCAAACCCUGCCAAAGAUAACUUCACCUUCAAAUGUCACCGGUCUAACGGGACCAACACGUCAGCCCCUCAGGACAUCUACGCGGUCAAUGGAAUCGCCUUCCAUCCUGUUCACGGCACCCUGGCCACCGUGGGGUCUGAUGGUCGAUUCAGCUUCUGGGACAAAGACGCCAGAACAAAACUGAAAACUUCGGAACAGUUGGACCAGCCCAUCUCGGCUUGCUGCUUCAACCACAACGGGAACAUAUUUGCAUAUGCGUCCAGCUACGACUGGUCCAAGGGCCAUGAAUUUUAUAAUCCGCAGAAGAAAAAUUACAUUUUCCUGCGGAAUGCAGCUGAAGAGCUGAAACCCAGGAACAAGAAGUAGUGGGGGGACUCCGGGGGUCUGCGGCUGUGUUCUCGCCGCUCCGCCUUUUCUGUGCACGACCCCGGGACCCGGCUUGCGGGGGGCAGUGAGCCAUGGAUGUAUGUGACUCCGCCCCUGGGGAAAGCACGGCCAUUGUUCAGCGGCUGGGCCCAUGGGCCGCAGAGCCUGCUGGUCUCACUCCACCACCCAUUCCAGGUGUCCUCUAACUCCGCGGGACUGGGUCAUUAUCAAAGUCGGUCACGUGGGUUCCUGCCAGCUAGUUCGCAGUGCUUCGCUCAGCAGCGUGCAUUCUAGACACUGGGGAAACGUUUUGUGACUGCUGUGCUGUACUUUGUAAUAAAACGUUUGAAGGUCGCCCACUCAGCUCCCUUUGUCCGUCUCCCUCCUGGAAAGCUGCGAAGUGGACAUUCCUGUUCAGCAUUGUCCUUGGAUUUUCAUUUGUGAUUUCAGACGCCCCUUGAGGAAUGUGGAGAUCUUGCACCUCAGGAAAGGUGGGAAUCCUGGGCCGCGAAGGACUCUCUGCCAAGUGCAGUGUCUAGCAACAGCCCCUCCGAGUGCGGGCAGGCAGAGUUGGGAUGUUUUUCUGGUCUCCCCUUCGUCCCGUCUCACCAUCCCCAGCGCUUUUCGGCUCUGCCGGGCAGUCGUCCUGGGGACCGGAUGAUAGGACUUUCUGGGCAGGGCCUAGUGGGUUGUGUGUGUGUGGCCAGCCAGGCAGAGCCCCAGUGCCCUGUGUGGGACGUGCUCUUUACUCACGCCCCUCAGUAAUGGUUUUGGGGUGCUGCUGCUUUAUUUUGUGUAAUUCAACAUUUCUGAUUGGCAAGAAUGAAAUGAAAUUCCACUUAAUGUCUGA